GGCAGAUUCAGAUUGGAAGGAAACUACGAGGUGUCCUUCUCGUUGUCGUUCCGCCGGGAAACUGUUAGCCUAAUAGCGCAGAAGGAGGAGGGAGAGAAUAGAAAUGCAAACAAUAUCAGACGGGGAUAAUUGAAAAGGAAAACUCUCGAAUCGGAAGUUGAAACCCUCUCUUCUGUCUUCUCGAUUGAUUCGGCAUCAUAAUGACCGGAGAAGGAGAAGGCAGGGGCCUCGCCGCCGCCGGCAACCCUAACAACCCGCUCUACUACGGGACUUUUCAAGGCGUCGCCAAUUACUACCCGCCUUCUGCUCCUCCGCCGUUUACACAACAAUCCCAGCCUGCCGUCGGUUUCGUCCAGCCGAUCGCCCCUCUUCGUGGCCCCGUCGUGAACCACCCUUACUAUGCACAUGGAUACCACGCCAUUGACACCGGUUAUGUGAUUGCAGAGGGCAGGCCUUUAAUUAGGGAAUUUCCCCUCCCUUGCUGUGGAAUGGGCAUGGGAUGGUUCUUGUUUAUUGUUGGCUUCUUCUUUGGUGGCAUUCCUUGGUACAUUGGGGCAUUUGUUCUACUAUUCGCACAAGUGGACUACAGAGAGAAGCCUGGAUAUGUUGCGUGUGUGAUAGCUUUCUUGCCAUGAUUGCUGUUACGCUUGGGGUUACUAAAGGAGCUAACACCUGGUGAAGACCCAAACGUGGAGUUUGCAUGUUCUACAGAGUGAUCGACUCGUUUAUGCAGUUUACCAUUCAGGUUACUUAUUUGAAAGGUGGUAUAGCCGUGGUGGAAUCAUUAUGUUGUGCAGGGGGGAGAUGUAGGAUGGCCGAUGGGUGUUUGGCAAUAUGGAACUAUUUUUUCAUGUGUUAACUGAUGGUUGUGGCAUCGAUCAUCCCUGUAAAUUUUUUACUUAAACUAGAAGGAAUUGGGCUGUAUAUCAGACAUCAGUCACUGUUGAUUGGCUGUAUAUUGAUGCAUUACUUGAUCAAUGAUGAUUACGUUUCCCUUCUCUUUCUUUGGUUUGAAUCACUGAUUUUCAGGCCCCUUAAUCGGUGUCGAUUAAUAGUUCA